AUGACGGCCACCACGCGUGGCUCUCCGGUGGGGGGCAAUGACAGCCAGGGCCAGGCACCUGACGCUCAGAGCCAACCUCCGUUGCCACAAAACCAGACUUCAUCUCCAAACUCAUCUAAUGAGAACUCUCCUAUGAGCCCACCGGGUGAGCACGGGCAAGGUGAUGGACCACCUCCGAUGGAGGAGGAAGAGCCCGCCUUCCCUCACACUGACCUAGCCAAGCUAGAUGACAUGAUCAACCGGCCUCGUUGGGUGGUUCCAGUUUUGCCAAAAGGAGAGCUAGAAGUCCUCUUGGAGGCUGCUAUAGACCUUAGUAAAAAAGGACUGGAUGUAAAGUGCGAGGCCUGUCAGAGGUUUUUCCGAGAUGGUCUGACUAUCUCGUUCACCAAGAUCCUAACAGAUGAGGCGGUCAGCGGCUGGAAGUUUGAAAUUCAUCGGUGUAUCAUCACCAACACGCACCGCUUGGUGGAGCUUUGUGUGGCCAAGCUCUCUCAGGACUGGUUCCCCCUACUAGAGCUUCUGGCCAUGGCCACGAACCCUCACUGCAAGUUCCACAUCUACAAUGGCACGCGGCCGUCGGAGACCGUCCCCGCUGGAGCGCAGCUGGCCGACGACGAGCUCUUCGCCAGACCGCCAGACCCGCGCUCACCUAAGGGCUGGUUGGUGGACUUAAUAAAUAAGUUUGGCACGUUAAACGGGUUUCAAAUGUUGCACGAUCGCUUCAUGAGUGGCGAAGCACUGAACGUCCAGAUCAUCGCCGCACUUAUCAAGCCUUUUGGCCAGUGUUACGAGUUCCUCACCUUGCACACAGUGAAGAAGUACUUCCUCCCCGUCAUUGAGAUGGUCCCCCAGUUUUUGGAGAACCUGACUGACGAGGAGCUUAAGAAAGAGGCCAAGAAUGAAGCCAAAAAUGACGCACUGUCCAUGAUAAUCAAGUCUCUGAAGAAUCUUGCAUCCCGUGUUCCGGGGCAAGAGGAGACUGUGAAGAAUUUAGAGAUUUUUAGGUUAAAAAUGAUUCUUAGGUUAUUGCAAAUUUCAUCUUUUAACGGCAAAAUGAAUGCACUAAAUGAAGUCAACAAGGUGAUCUCCAGUGUCUCCUACUACACUCACCGGCACAACCCUGAGGAGGACGAAUGGCUGACUGCAGAGCGCAUGGCGGAGUGGAUCCAGCAAAACCACAUUCUGUCCAUCGUCCUGAGGGACAGUUUGCACCAGCCUCAGUAUGUGGAGAAACUGGAGAAGAUCCUUCGCUUCGUUAUCAAAGAGAAAGCUCUUACCAUGCAAGAUCUCGACAACAUCUGGGCAGCACAGGCUGGCAAACAUGAGGCUAUUGUUAAAAAUGUCCAUGACCUCCUGGCUAAGCUAGCAUGGGAUUUCUCACCUGAGCAGCUCGAUCAUCUUUUUGACUGUUUUAAGGCAAGCUGGACGAACGCCAGCAAGAAGCAACGCGAGAAAUUGCUGGAGCUUAUCCGCCGCCUAGCCGAGGAUGAUAAGGACGGCGUGAUGGCCCACAAGGUCCUCAAUUUGCUGUGGAACCUGGCCCACAGUGACGACGUGCCUGUAGAUAUAAUGGACCAAGCUCUUAGCGCGCACAUCAAAAUAUUAGAUUACAGCUGCUCACAGGAUAGAGACACGCAAAAGAUCCAGUGGAUCGAUCGCUUCAUAGAGGAGCUGCGAACCAAUGACAAAUGGGUGAUUCCUGCCUUGAAGCAAAUCCGAGAAAUCUGUAGCCUUUUUGGAGAAGCUCCGCAGAACUUGAGUCAAACCCAGAGGAAUCCACACGUGUUUUAUCGCCACGACCUUAUCAACCAGCUGCAAAACAACCAUGCCCUGGUCACGCUGGUGGCAGAGAACCUGUCGGCCUACAUGGAGACGAUGCGACAGUUUUCCAAAGAAGAACAGGCAGAGUUUGACCCUCAGAUAGUUCGACCGGGAAGCCGCUACAGCCACGUCCAGGAAGUGCAGGAACGACUCAACUUCCUGAGGUUCCUUCUUAAAGAUGGCCAGCUGUGGCUCUGCGCCCCCCAAGCCAAGCAGAUCUGGAAGUGUCUGGCCGAGACUGCGGUAUUCCUCUGUGACCGAGAAGCCUGCUUCAAAUGGUACUCCAAACUGAUGGGCGACGAACCCGACCUGGAUCCGGACAUCAAUAAGGACUUCUUUGAGAACAACGUUCUUCAGCUGGACCCGUCCCUGUUGACGGAGAACGGCAUGAAGUGCUUCGAGAGGUUCUUCAAGGCCGUCAACUGCAGGGAGGGGAAACUGGUGGCCAAACGUAGGGCUUACAUGAUGGACGACCUGGAACUCAUAGGCCUGGACUAUCUUUGGAGGGUGGUCAUUCAAGGGAGUGAUGACAUCGCCAGCAGAGCCAUAGACUUGCUGAAAGAGAUCUACACCAAUCUCGGACCAAAAUUACAAGUCAAUCAGGUGGAGAUUCACGAGGAUUUUAUCCAGUCGUGUUUUGACCGUCUGAAGGCGUCCUACGACACCCUGUGCGUGUUGGACAGAGACAAAGACGGUAUCAACUGCGCUCGCCAGGAAGCCAUCCGCAUGGUGCGAGUUCUCACUGUACUCAAGGAGUACAUCAAUGAGUGUGACAGCGACUACCACGAAGAGAGGACCAUCCUGCCCAUGUCGAGGGCGUUCCGGGGAAAGCACAUCACGUUGAUCGUGCGCUUCCCGAACCAGGGUCGCCAGGUGGAUGACCUGGAUAUCUGGUCGCACACCAACGACACCAUUGGCUCAGUACGUCGCGGCAUCCUCAACCGCAUCAAAGCCAACGCCGCGCACACCAAAAUCGAGCUCUUCAUCGGAGGAGAGGUGGUCGACCCUGCCGAUGACCGGAAGCUGAUUGGACAGCUCAACUUGAAGGAUAAAACUUUGAUCACGGCCAAGCUGACCCAGGUGAGCGCCAACAUGCCCUCAAGCCCGGACAGCUCGUCAGACUCCUCCACCGGGUCGCCCGGUAACCACGGCAACCACUAUGGCGAUGGGCCCAACCCCGAAGUGGAAAGUUGUCUACCUGGUGUGAUCAUGUCGCUGCACUUGCGCUACAUCUCUUUCCUGUGGCAGGUGGCUGACCUGGGCUGCCAACUCAAUAUGCCCCUCCUCAGGGAUGGAGCCAGAGUUCUUAUGAAACUCAUGCCUCCAGAUAACACUACUGUGGAGAACCUGCGCGCUGUGUGCUUGGACCACGCCAAGCUCGGGGAGAACAGCCUCAGUCCUACACUGGACUCCCGCUUCUUUGGCCCGUCACCCUCACAAGUGCUCUACCUGAUUGAGGUGGUGUACGCUUUGCUGAUGCCGGCCAGCGCCACUCUGGGUGAGGAUGCCAGCGACUUCCAGUACAACUUCCUGAAAAGUGGCGGCUUGCCCCUCGUGUUGAGCAUGCUCACGCGCAACAACUUCCUGCCAUCGGCCGACAUGGAGACGCGUCGCGGGGCUUACCUCAACGCGUUGAAAAUCGCCAAAUUGCUUCUCACCGCUGUCGGCUUUGGGCACGUGAAAGCCGUGGCGGAGGCCUGCCAGCCCAACGCAGAGGGAAAUAUCCCCGUUUCCCCGAUUAAUCAGGCCACUCACGAUCAGGCUCUGGUUCUGCAGAGCGCCCUGCAAAACAUCCCUAAUCCUGCCUCGGAGUGUAUGCUGCGCAAUGUAGCCAUACGCCUGGCACAACAGAUUUCUGAUGAGAAUUUUUUCCAGACGUCAAAGUCCAUUCCUGACAUCUGCGUGAUCCGGGCGGUACAGAAAAUAGUUUGGGCGUCAGGCUGCGGUACGGUGCAGUUUGUCUUCAGUUCAAAUGACGACAUCAGCAAGAUAUACGAGAAGACGAACGCCGCAAAGGAACCAGAUGGCGAAGACGAGCAAGUGUGUUGCGAAGCCUUGGAAGUGAUGACGUUGUGUUUUGCCUUGAUGCCCACGGCCCUGGACACCCUCAGUAAGGAGAGGGCUUGGCAAACCUUCAUUAUAGACUUGCUGCUACACUGCCACAGCAAAUCUGUGCGUCAGAUGGCCCAGGAACAAUUUUUCCUGAUGGCGACUCGGUGUUGCAUGGGUCACCGACCCCUCCUCUUCUUCAUUACCCUCCUUUUCACCGUGCUGGGGACCACCGCCAAGGAGCGAGCGAAACACGCCGGGGACUACUUCACGUUGCUUCGGCAUCUUCUAAACUAUGCCUACAACAGCAACAUCAACCUGCCAAAUGCCGAGGUGCUGCUCAACAAUGAAAUCGACUGGCUCAAAAGGAUAAGGGAUGAAGUCAAGAGGACCGGGGAGACUGGUGUGGAGGAAACCAUCUUGGAAGGCCACCUAGGUGUCACCAAGGAGCUUCUAUCUUUCCAAACUCCUGAGAAGAAAUAUUAUAUCGGUUGUGAGAAGGGAGGAGCUAAUCUUAUAAAGGAACUGAUUGACGAUUUCAUCUUCCCGGCAUCAAACGUUUACCUGCAGUACAUGAAGAGCGGCGACUUCCCACCGGAGCAGGCCAUCCCGGUGUGCAGCACUCCGGCCUCCAUCAACGCCGGCUUCGAGCUCCUCGUGACGCUCGCCGUCGGCUGCUUCCGCAACCUUAAGCAGAUCGUCGACACGCUCACGGACAUGUACUAUUUGGCCUGCGAAACGCUGACAGAAUGGGAGUACCUUCCUCCGGUCGGCCCGCGGCCCAAUAAAGGCUUUGUGGGCCUGAAAAACGCCGGCGCCACGUGUUACAUGAACUCCGUCAUCCAGCAGCUGUACAUGAUCCCUCCCAUUCGUAACGGCAUUCUGGCCAUCGAGGGCACGGGCACCGACGUGGACGACGACAUGUCGGGCGACGAGAAGCAAGAAAACGAAACCAACGUCGAUCCUCGCGACGAGGUGUUCAGCUACCACCACCAGUUUGAGGAUAAGCCCGCCAGUAAAGCAGAAGACCGGAAAGAGUACAACAUCGGAGUACUGUGUCAUUUGCAGGUCAUCUUCGGCCAUUUGGCCGCUUCUAGGCUUCAGUACUAUGUUCCGAGGGGCUUUUGGAAACAAUUCAGGUUAUGGGGCGAACCAGUAAAUUUAAGAGAGCAGCAUGAUGCUUUAGAGUUUUUCAAUUCUUUGGUGGAUAGUUUGGAUGAAGCACUGAAGGCAUUGGGCCAUCCCGCGAUGCUCAGCAAGGUGCUGGGAGGCUCUUUUGCCGACCAGAAGAUCUGUCAGGGAUGCCCUCACAGAUACGAGUGUGAGGAGUCGUUCACAACACUUAAUGUAGACAUCAGAAAUCACCAGAACCUUUUGGACUCCAUGGAGCAAUACGUCAAAGGAGAUCUACUGGAGGGAGCCAACGCCUACCACUGUGAAAAGUGUAAUAAGAAGGUCGACACAGUCAAGCGUCUCCUGAUCAAGAAGCUUCCGCCGGUUCUCGCCAUCCAACUGAAGCGCUUCGACUACGACUGGGAGCGGGAAUGCGCCAUCAAGUUCAACGACUACUUCGAGUUCCCCAGAGAGCUGGAUAUGGAGCCGUACACGGUCGCCGGCGUGGCCAAGAUGGAAGGCGACGACAUCAACCCGGAGAACCAAAUGAUCCAGCAGAACGAGCCCUCGGAAGCCACGCCGGUGGGCAGCUCCAAGUACCGUUUGGUGGGGGUGCUGGUCCACUCGGGCCAGGCCAGCGGCGGACACUAUUACUCGUACAUCAUCCAAAGGAACGGCGGCGACGGCGAGAAGAACCGUUGGUACAAGUUCGACGACGGCGACGUGACGGAGUGCAAGAUGGACGACGAGGAGGAGAUGAAGAACCAGUGCUUCGGCGGCGAAUACAUGGGCGAGGUGUUCGAUCACAUGAUGAAAAGGAUGUCGUACCGCAGACAGAAACGCUGGUGGAACGCCUACAUCCUUUUCUACGAGCGUAUGGACUCCCUAGACAAGGACGGCGAGCUUGUCAAGUGCAUCUCGGAGUUGACCAUCUCCACCGCUAAGCCGCAUCUGGUCAAGAUGCCCGGCGUCAUCGAGUGCAGCGUCCGCAAGCAGAACGUCCAAUUUAUGCACAACCGAAUGCAAUACAGCCUGGAAUAUUUCCAGUUCAUUAAGAAACUUCUGACCUGUAACAGUGUCUAUUUAAACCCUCCUCCAGGACAAGACCAUCUUCUGCCAGAGGCAGAGGAGAUUGCUAUGAUAAGUGCUCAGCUGGCUGCUCGCUUCCUUUUUAGCACAGGCUUCCACACCAAGAAAGUGGUCAGAGGUCCUGCCAGCGAUUGGUAUGACGCUCUUUGCAUCCUGCUGAGACACAGUAAGAAUGUACGCUACUGGUUUGCACACAACGUCCUGUUCGCUUACCCCAACCGCUUCUCUGAGUACCUGCUGGAAUGCCCGAGCGCCGAGGUGCGCGGGGCCUUCGCCAAGCUCAUAGUCUUCAUCGCUCACUUCUCGCUCCAAGACGGCCCCUGCCCCUCCCCCACCGCUUCGCCCGGAACCUCCGCUCAGGGUUGCGAUAACCUCAGUCUCAGCGACCACCUUCUAAGAGCUGUGCUCAAUUUGCUCAGACGAGAGGUUUCGGAACACGGCCGUCACCUGCAGCAGUACUUCAACCUCUUUGUCAUGUAUGCCAAUUUGGGCCUGGCAGAAAAGACCCAACUGCUGAAGCUGACCGUGCCCGCCACAUUCAUGCUCGUGGCGCUGGACGAAGGUCCCGGUCCCCCCAUUAAGUACCAGUACGCCGAACUGGGCAAACUCUACACGGUGGUCUCCCAGUUAGUCCGCUGCUGUGACGUAUCCUCACGUAUGCAGUCCUCCAUCAACGGUAACCCCCCUCUGCCUAACCCCUAUGGGGAUACCAAUCUGACAGCCCCGGUAAUGCUGGUGCAGCAGCUAGUGGCCGAGAUCCUGUUUGUCAGGACCAGCUACGUAAAGAAGAUCAUCGAGGACUGCAGCAACUCUGAGGAGACGGUGAAGCUCCUCCGCUUCAGCUGCUGGGAGAACCCCCAGUUUUCUUCCACUGUGCUCAGUGAGCUACUAUGGCAGGUGGCAUACUCCUACAACUAUGAGUUGAGGCCUCACUUGGACUUGCUGCUACAGAUCCUUCUCAUUGAGGAUUCCUGGCAGACACACAGGAUCCACAAUGUGCUGAAGGGAAUUCCGGACGACAGGGACGGUCUCUUUGACACCAUCCAGCGUUCCAAGAACCACUAUCAAAAACGGGCCUACCAGUGUAUCAAGUGCAUGGUGGCCCUCUUCAGCAACUGUUCUGUGGCUUACCAGAUCCUCCAGAGCAAUGGAGACCUGAAACGAAAAUGGACGUGGGCUGUGGAGUGGCUCGGUGACGAGCUGGAGAGGAGGCCCUACUCGGGCAAUCCGCAGUACACGUACAACAAUUGGUCACCUCCGGUCCAGAGCAACGAAACGUCCAACGGCUACUUCCUGGAGCGCUCGCACAGCGCACGCAUGACCCUUGCGAAGGCCUGCGAACUCUGUCCCGAAGAGCUCAAGUGUACUCAGGGAAGCCCAGGGAAGGAGCCCGACGAACAGGAAGUCCCUGACGAUCAAGACUCUUCCCCGCCCGAGGACACGUCUUUAUACCCCAAUUCUUCUGGAACCAUGCAGUUUCAGCAGAACAACCACCCACACGGACAACCGUACACCGGCCCCGCCGCGCAGCACAUGAACAACCCCCAGCGCCCCGGCCCGGCGCAGGCCCCCGCCCCGGCACAGGCCCCGACUCCGGGCCCCGCCCCCGGCCAAGGCCCGCGAGCGCAAGACGCCUGGGAGAGCGCGGAGGAGACGGUCCCGGCCCCGGCGCCGGCCUCCGCCCCGACUCCCGCCCAGCCCGGGGAGUAA